AAGAGCUUGCUACAAAACGUUUAUUUCAUAGCCUGGGGAAAGCACUCCCUCUCUUUUGAAGGGUCCUGCCUUUGGCCCCUCAGCCUCCUCUGCUCUGUUCCAGGCUUCCUACCCACAGAGCCUCCUGUAGCACCCCGCCUUGGGGAGCUGGCUGUAGCAGCUGUGACCUCCGAUACAGUGAGCCUCUCGUGGACAGUGGCCCAGGGUCUCUUCGACUCCUUCCUGGUCCAGUACAAGGAUGUGCAGGGGCAGCCCCAGGCGGUGCCUGUGGGCGGACACCUCCAUGAGAUCACAGUAUCGGGCCUGGACCCGGCCCGCAAGUACAAGUUCCUGCUCUUUGGCCUCCGGGAUGGGAAACGCCAUGGCCCAGUGUCUGCAGAGGCAAAGACAAUCUCAGACAUGAAAUCUCCCCUCCUCGGGGAGCUGACAGUGACAGACGUGACUCCAGACUCCAUGACCCUCUCCUGGAUGGUCCCUGAAGGUGAAUUCGACUCCUUCGUGAUCCAGUACAAGGACAGGGACGGGCAGCCUCGCGUGGUGCCCGUGGCCACAGACCAGCGCGAGGUCACCAUCCCCGGCCUGGAGCCCGGCCGGAAGUACAAGUUCCUGCUCUACGGGCUGGCAGGCAGGAAGCGCCUGGGCCCCAUCUCUGCUGAUGGUACCACAGCUUCCCUGGAGAAGGAGCGGCAGCGCCUACCCCGCCUCGGGGAGCUGACAGUGACAGACGGGACCCCAGACUCCCUGCGCCUCUCAUGGACGGUGGCCCAGGGCACGUUUGAUUCCUUUAUGGUCCAGUAUAGGGACCCAGCUGGGCAGCCGCAGGCAGUGCCUGCAGCCAAAGACCAGAGGGAAGUCACCAUAGAGCGUCUGGAGCCUGGCAGGAAAUACAAGUUCCUGCUGUAUGGGCUCCACGGGGGACAACGCCUGGGCCCCGUCUCUGUCCUGGGAGUGACAGCCCCGGAAGUGGACACGCCAGGCCCCUGGCACCCUGCCACAGAGGCUCCUGAGCCCCCUGCAGGGCCCCAGCUGCAGACACUGGCGGUGAGCGACAUAACCCCAGACUCCCUGCGCCUCUCGUGGAGUGUGGCUGAGGGCCCCUUUGACUCCUUCGUGGUCCAGUAUCAAGACACAGAUGGGCAGCCCCAGGCCUUGCUUGUGGAUGGCAACCAGAACAAGGUGCAAGUGUUAGGCCUGGAGCCCAGCACCUCCUACACAUUCUUCCUCUACGGCCUCCAUGAAGGGAAGCGCCUGGGGCCUGUCUCCACUGAGGGCACCACAGGGCCUGCUCCUGCUGGCCUGACCCCCGGGGAGACAGGGCCCCACCUGUCCCAGCUGUCCGUGACCGAUGUGACCACCAGUUCCCUGCGGCUCAACUGGGAGGCCCCCUCAGAGGCCUUUGACUCCUUCCUGCUCCGCUUCGGGGUCCCAUCGCCAAGUACCCUGGAGACGCACCCGCGUCCCCUGCAGCAACGGGAGCUGACAGUGCCAGGGUCACGGCGCUCGGCUGUGCUCCGGGACCUGCGCCCAGGGACCCUGUACAGCCUGACAGUGUAUGGGCUGCGGGGGCCCCAUAAGGCCGACAGCAUCCAGGGCACAGCCCGCACCCUCAGCCCAAUUCUGGAAAGCCCCCGUGACCUCCAGUUCAGCGAAAUUGGGGAAACCUCGGCCCAGGUCAGCUGGAUACCUCCAGCAUCCAGAGUGGACAGUUUCAAAGUUUCCUACCAGCUGGCAGAUGGAGGGGAGCCACAGAGUGUGCAGGUGGACGGCCGAGCGCGGACCCAGAAACUCAAGGGGCUGAUCCCAGGCUCUCACUAUGAGGUGACUGUGGUCUCUGUCCGUGGCUUUGAGGAGAGUGAGCCUCUCACAGGCUUCCUCACCACAGUUCCUGACGGCCCCACCCAGCUCCGAGCGCUGAACUUGACGGAGGGAUCCGCUCUGCUGCACUGGAAGCCCCCCCAGACCCCUGUAGACAAGUACAAAGUCCGGGUCACAGCUUCAGGGGCCCCCUCACUACAGGGCUCGGCCCCCGGCAGUGCUGUGGAGUACCCUCUGAGUGGCCUCGAGCUCCACACCAACUACACAGCGACCGUGCGUGGUCUUCGGGGCCCCAAUCUCACCGCCCCGGCCAGCGUCACCUUCAAUACAGGGUUGGAGGCACCCCAGGACUUGGAGGCCAAGGAAGUGACCCCACGCACAGCCCUGCUCACUUGGACUGAACCCCAAGUCCUGCCGACUGGCUACCUGCUCAGUUUCAACACCCCUGGUGAACAGACCCAGGAGAUCCUGCUCCCAGGAGGGAUCACCUCACACCAGCUGCUGGGCCUCUUUCCCUCCACCCCCUACAGCGUGUGGCUCCGGGCUAUGUGGGGCGAGAGCCUCACACCGCCGGUGUCCACCUCCUUCACCACUGGUGGACUUCCAAUCCCCUUUCCUCGGGACUGUGGGGAAGAGAUGCAGAAUGGAGCCAGCUCCUCGAGGCCCACCACCAUCUUCCUGAAUGGGAACCGCGAGCGGCCCCUGGAUGUGUUCUGUGACAUGGAGACCGAUGGGGGUGGCUGGCUGGUGUUCCAGCGCCGCAUGGAUGGACAGACAGACUUCUGGAGGGACUGGGAGGACUACGCCCACGGCUUUGGCAAUAUCUCUGGGGAGUUCUGGCUGGGCAACGAGGCCCUGCACAGCCUGACGGCAGCGGGCGACUACUCCAUGCGCGUGGACCUGCGGGCCGGGGACGAGGCCGUGUUCGCACAGUAUGACUCCUUCCGGGUGGACUCAGCCACGGACUACUACCGCCUUCAUCUGGACGGCUACCAUGGCACGGCAGGGGACUCCAUGAGCUACCACAGUGGCAGCGUCUUUUCUGCCCGGGACCGAGACCCCAACAACCUGCUCAUCUCCUGCGCCGUCUCGUACCACGGGGCAUGGUGGUAUAAGAACUGCCACUAUGCCAACCUCAACGGGCUCUACGGGAGCACCGUGGACCACCAGGGGGUGAGCUGGUACUACUGGAAGGGCUUUGAGUUCUCUGUGCCCUUCACGGAAAUGAAGCUGAGACCAAGAAGCUACCGGCCCCCAGCGGCCCAGAGAGGCUGACCGCUCACCUCUCCAGCGCCCCAGAAUGACUGCCGAGCACUGAGGGGUCGCGCUGAGAGAAGAGCCAGGGGCCACCGUCACCACCCAGCCACCAGAGGGAGCCUUCUCCAUCUGCGAUCUCACAGCACCAUGUUUACAGGGGGGAGGGCAGGGGUUGUACGGGAAUAAUAAAAGGAGAAACCGAG